AUGCUGGUCCAGGGCAUCCUACGAUUGAGGGGUGGCGGUCCGCCGUCACGAGGCGCGAAGAGUCGAUCUACUUCAGAGGCGCAGUCCCCAAUUUCGACUGACUGGGAGGAUGCUAUGGAGGGCCAGGACAUGGGCGAGGUCCGCUCCUCCUCCUCUAACAAGAGGCCAUAUGAGGAAAACCAGGACCAGGAGGACCUGGACUAUGAGGAUCAACUUAGUGGGCCUAAAAUUAGCACCGGUCUGAGAGGUAGGGCCAAGAUCAGGGCCAAGGCCGUGGGGAAGAAAGCCCCCAAAGGUCACUCUACUGGCCUGGCCGCAGCCAAGGCCAAACUGAAGGCCCAUAAGGAGGACCUUCUCUUAGAGGUGCUGGACAGCGGGGAAGUGAAGGGAACGGUUCUCCCCUUCCCCCCUCUCCAGACAAGGUCGCAGGGGGACAACAAGAAGAGGGGGGAAAAGAACACGCGGAUGCGGACCCCGUCCCCAUCCACAAGUCUACAAAGCCGAGUUAGCCCGCCCCCCUACACAGGGUCGGACUACAUAGACAUAGUGCGGGAGGCGACCAACACGGUCUUGGAGGCCGCUGGAAAAUCCGGCAACCUAAAUGGACAAGUUUGGGGUAAAAUGAACCAGGCCUGCCGGGACAUCCUGGCGGCUGCGGACUGCCUGGCGGAUAGGCAAGAGAGCGAGGAGUUGCGAGCCUUAAAGGCCGAUAAUAAAAGAAUGCGGGAGCAACUUGCCCAAUGCCAGAGUGAGAUGAAGGCUCUUCGCAGAGCCUUCUCUGAGAGGGAAACCCGGCCCCUAGCACAGGCCCCGGCGGCUCAAUUGGACCAGCUCUCGGCGGGCUUUGCCGAGGCCCUCAAGGAGCUGAAGGAGGACCUGAAGCGGGACCUCACAAUUACCAUGGGGAACAUGAUAUCGGCCCGCAUGGGCUAUUCCCCCGAGCCGGUACCCCGUCCCCCACUCGCGGCGGACAGGAAGAAAACGACUGCGAGUCAGCCCGUAACCCAGCCGGAACCUCUGCCUAGGGCGCCCCCAAGGUCAGAGAUACGCGCGCCGCCCACCAAACAGCCUAGGGCCCCCGCAGCUCAGCCCUCGGCUCAGCCAUCGGCACCAGCGGCACCAGUAGCCAAGAAGAGGGCAAACUCUGCUCCUAGACGGAAGACGGCGAAGGGGCCCAGCGUAACCCCCUCCUCACAGCCGGCACCUACAACACAACAGCCUGCCGAAACUUGGACGCAGGUUGUCAGGAAGGGCAAAUCGGGCAAAUCGGGCAAAUCCGCCAAGACUUCCCCCCCGGCCCGGAAGCCGGCACCUAAAGGCCCGCGAAAGUUGGUGGUACCCUCCACGGCCGCGAUCGUGGUGGCCUUGAAGUCGGAGUCUGAGGCGACAUAUGCCUCAAUAAUGUCUAAGGCUACCACAUCGGUGAAUCUUGCUGAUGUGGGUCUUAAUCACGUCAAGGUCCGUAAAACAGCUGCCGGAGCCAGGAUUAUUGAGGUGUCAGGGUCGGACAACGGCAGAGCGGCAGAUGAACUCUGUCGAAGGAUGACGGAGGUGAUCGGAGAGGAAGCCCGAGUGUACAGGCCCACCAAAAUGGCAGACUUACGCAUUUCUGGCCUAGAUGAGGCGGCCACUCAGGAGGCGAUUGCGGCAGCCAUCGCUAAAUUGGGAGAAUGCGCAGUGAACGAGGUUAAGGUGGGAAAAAUCAGGGCCCAAUAUAAUGGAACCGGGACGGCACUGGUACAAUGCCCCAUGACGGCAGCCAAGAAAGUCACCGGUGCAGGUCGACUUUUGAUAGGAUGGUCCUCGGCCCUGGUAGUGGCGCUGGACCCGACACCGAUGAGAUGCUUCAAGUGCAUGGGCAAAGGGCACACCAGAGCACUGUGCCCAUCGCCAGUGGAUAGGAGCAGCCUAUGCUUCCGAUGCAGCAGGCCAGACCACAGGAUAGCAGACUGCAGGGCGGAGACUGCCUUCUGCUCAGUGUGUCAUGCGGCAAAGCGUCCAGCGGGGCACGUAAUGGGUGGCCUUUCUUGCGCACCCCCGCCAGCAAAAGGUAAAGAGGCUCUUUUGAAGACCCAAAGAGCCCACCCAACGCGGAACGCCGACCAACCGGCAUGUGAGGGACAAAAUAUGGAAACGUAA